AUGAAUAGAGAAGAAAUCCCUAAUGAUCUCAUUCUUGAGAUACUCUCUAGAUUGCCUUCAAAGUCAAUCGGGAGGUUUCGCUGCGUGUCAAAGCUAUGGCGGUCAAUGCUUCACAAGCCAUAUUUCAUCAAGUUGUUCUUGACCAGGUCCUCGACUCGUCCUCGUCUCUUAAUUGGGGUCCGACAACGUCUUGGGUGUAGCUUUUUCUCGGCGCCUCAGCCUCAGAAUCAUUAUGGGAAAUCUUCGUCUCUUGUAGUGGCCGCCGAUUUUCAUAUGAAGUGUUCUAAAGACGUAAGCUUAGUCAUGUGUAGAUAUGCCUCUGGUUUGCUCUAUUUUCCAACUAUGCCAAUCUCAUAUAUGGAUAAGGAUGGAGCGGGUAUCAUAUGUAACCCUACCACAAGACAGUUUGCGAGCUUGCCUCGAUUGAGAUUACUACCUAAGUUAGAUUACGGUCUUAGCGGUGCCCUUCUAGGGUUUGACCCAAUUGGAGGGCAAUUCAAGGUAUUGUCCAUGAACAAUUGGGUUGACAAAAAAGUGGCCCGCUAUAUUCUGACAUUAGGAAGUGAAGAAGAGGGAUGGAGGAAGAUCGAAUGUCCCUUCAACGACGUUGAUCUGAAUGGAGGGGUAUGCAUCAAUGGUAUUUUGUAUUACAUAGCUUACGAUCCUGAGGAUCGAUUAUAUCUAAUAGUUUGCUUCGAUGUUAGAUUUGAGAAGUUUAAGUUUCUAACUCUAAUAGGCGGCAUAUAUGAGGAUGUCGAGAAGCAGGAAUGGUUGAAAUACGCCUACACUCUGAGGUUCGACAAUAAAGUUGUUAAGGAUUAUGGCAAUCUUUCCGUUGUUGGGGUGACUGCUUCAGGUGAAAUUGUUUUGUCGAAGUAUUAUGCAUAUACACCUUUUUAUGUUCUCUACUUUAAUCCUGAAAGGAACUCUGUUCUAAGUGUUGAAAUCCAAGGUGUUGGAGAAUAUCAUGACUGGAUUGCGCCUCCUGCAGUUUGCGCUUUUGUAGACCAUGUGGAGGAUUUACAGUUUAAUAUUAUGAAGGCAACAUCUAUAAACCCAACACAACAGAAGAAUAGAGCCAGGAGCACAUCAAUAUCAUCUAGAGAAGAUCAUCAAGUGAGGGCCGUUACUCAGCUGGGACAAGAUCGUCGUACAUUUGAGAGUAUUAACAAUUUUGAUGCUCUCUCUCUCUUAGAAGAUGAUUAA